AUGGCAACUACCCCCGCUGGGCGCAUGCUGUCCCGCCAGCUGCAACAAAUGCAAUCCGAUAAGGACAUUCCGGGGAUCAGUUGCGGUCUGGUGGAUAACAAUAUCUUUGAAUGGGAGGUGAUGCUUAUGAUUUCGGAUGAUGUGAAGCUCUAUGGGGGUGGUAACUUCCGAGCACGUCUCACUUUUCCUUCAGAGUACCCUCACCGUCCUCCUACAAUGAAGUUUGAAUCCUCCUUGUUCCACCCCAACAUCUACGAGAAUGGCGAGGUCUGCAUCUCUAUCUUGCACCCUCCCGAAGAGGACAAAUACGGCUACGAAUCCGCCGCCGAACGCUGGUCUCCCGUGCAAACCCCCGAAACCAUCCUCCUCUCCGUCAUCUCCAUGCUCUCCAGCCCGAACGACGAAAGUCCAGCCAACGUUGAGGCUGCCCGAUUGUGGCGUGAAGAUCCAGCCGAGUUCAAGAAGCGCGUCCGCAAGUGCGUUCGUGCCAGCUUGGACGAGUGA